CUUGGCAACUAGGGCCCGAAGUAAACAACAGAAGGUGUUGUCUCUGGGACCGUGCUGAACACAAAUACUGGUCCAUGAGGCAGUAAAGACAAUGCGUCGUUCCGCAGUGAAAUCACGGGCAGAAAAAAGCCGCUCCGAUUCUGGUCCCGUUAGUGCUGCUCCACCUCCGCCCUCAGUCCAGCCUGUUGAGACUGUAGACACUGUCUCGGGACGCAUCACCGAGCCAAACUGGACCAACAUUAUCACAGAGGAAGAGGGCGAGGAGCUGGUGGUGGACAUCAUAGAAGAACUGAUGGAAGUUGUGAUGGACAGGUGCUGUCAGCUGGAUCUGCAGAGACAGUUGAUACCUUUCUCAGUUUGGUGGGCGCGCAACAACCUGAUACAGACGCUUGAAUGUCUUUUCCUUAUGAGAGAUGAGGGGGAUGAUCCAGAACGAGAACAGUUUUGGAAAGAGGACCCAGAACCUCAGCCUUGUGCUAUCGAUUCGUGGGCUGAGGGAUGCGUGCCUGUGGUGCAUGCUGCUCAGAAUAGCAGACAGCUUUAUGACGGGUAUGGUGGGCGGUAAAUGGAAGUUAGGCAUUACACCCAAAUUUCCGUUGUUUAAGGUAGAGGUAAGAAAUCUGACUUUAAAUGCCAUUGUCUUGCUGGAGAGAAAGGACUUUUCUAAACAAACCCUAACUAAACCUCAGUAGGUUAUACACUUACUUUGUUUUAACAGUAGGCCUACAUAUUGUCUUGACAGAACUACACAAGCUUCAACCAUCUAGCUCCAGACCAAUGGAAUGAUGCUGCUAAUUUAUUCACAAAACCUUAAGAAUAAGAUGACCUCAUCCAUUUUUUAUAAUUAUGUUUAUUGUAACAUUAUAUGCAUGCAUUUUUUAUUUAUUUUAUGGUCAAAAUAUAUAUAUGUUUUUACAAAUUUACACUAGCAAUUCACACUUUCGGCCACAAAGUGUCUCUGUUUGAUCAGGGAAAUGGGAACAUGAACAUGGAGAUAUGUUUAUUUCAGUUUCUUGUUCAUUUCUUUACCCCAAGAAUGUCUUGGCAAAGAUAUGAGGCAUGUCAUGCAUUUACAAAUUUGACUCAACUAAAUGUGCUUGUUUCUUAAUAGUUUUACCAAGGAAUGAUCAUUUAAAUUAAAAAAACUCAUUUCUUAUCAUAUAAAUCAAGCUCAAGCUCAAUCUUAAGCUUUUAUUUUAGCUCUCAUAUAGCUCAUUUUAUAUUUAGUCUGCAUGACAUGCAAAUGCCUAAAAACGAUCUUUCAGACAUGGCACAACACUUGUGGUGUGUUUAGCCUUACAACAUUGUGCUUCUUAAAAUUGUUUUCGAGCUCUGUGAUUUUAGCUUGAGCUCACCGUCUCUUUGGGAUGAUGAUUGACAUGUGACCCUCUGUUUGCCUCAUCAUACAUAUUUAUGAAUAUUUACUCAGUUGUCUUAUAGAGAUCAACUGUCUGCCUCCUGCUGCCAUUGGCGCCUUUUUUACACCAAAACCUUAGGCAGUUUCAUAAAUGUUUUCAUGAAUUUAAAACAAUGUUGUCUUUCAAAUUUAUUCCUCUAUAAAGUUCAGUCAUUUGGUUCACAUCCACACACACAGAAGGGUGUAGGAGCAUCAUUUUUGUGUUUCAGUGAGAGGCGUUCCAGAAGUUUGACAGUUCACUUGACGCACAAGCAGUGAAGUGCGUGACAAGGCGGGUACAUCACUCAGAGGAAUAUGUUCAACUUUUUUUUACCACAGUUUAAAUUCUUAAAGACAUUUCAAUGAAUAAAAAUGUGACCUGUUUCAUAUCAGCCAUGAAGUGUUGUGCUUUACACAGUGCUUUACUGGCUUAUACAUGAACAUGUUUUUUCUGAAAACCACAAACCCGAUCAUUUUAGACCUGUGACCUGUUUUUGAGUUCAUGGCAGUAUAGGGCAGCAUGAAAGUUUACAUUUAAGGAUUGAUAAAUUACUUUUAAUGUGUGCUUGACUGAAUGGCUACAGUCGUGAUUCCUUAGUUGUCAUAGAUUCUUUCAGAAUACCAUUGUUGGGGGUCUGGGAUGCUGGGUGUUUGAUUGACAUUAGAGCUGUUUGGGAAUCCACGAUGCUGAAAGGGCACGUCGUUCAGGAAUUCCAAAUGUCAAGCGCCUCUCUGUAGUUGGAGCAGUGGGUGGGGACCAGACAAGCAGUUUCUCAUCGACAAUUUAUGUCACCAUCGACAUUUACUUCAAAUCUCUGAGAGAUUUAUUUUUUAUUUUGCACAACCGUAGAUGAAAGAAAUUAAAUGAUUCUGACAAAUGGUGGUUGCAAAAGAUUUACAGCAUAGAUUAAAUGGCAAACAUAUUUUUUAACUACAGUUUGUGGUUACAUUUUUUUUCAUACAGACAAAAGUAUAUGAUAAAUGGCUGUUUGGCAAACCCAGGAGAAUACAGAUCAGAAUGUUCUCAGAUUUUUCACCUCAACUCACAGCUGUGUACAAUACAGUGAACAUUCAGAUUCAUAAUUUUAUGCUUUAAUGUGUACACACACAGACUACUACUCUGACAGAAGUAUAAACAAAUGUAUGUUUAUCUCAAUACGGUGGUAUUUUAAAAUGCCCUUAGAUAUUUCAUCUGUACUGUGAGUAAUUUCCCAUUUUAGGCCUGAGGGCUAACAAGCAAUUCUGUAUCUGUUUUGGUUUAUGUUCCUGAUUCUUGUCUAGCAUACUUGACAUGGAAGAGUGAUGCAAUCAACGGGAUCAACAGUUGUCAUGGAAACCUCAUUCAAACUCAAAAAUAAUAAUACUCACAUAAAAUCAUGACCGAAUUUUCAUGUGUUUUGAUUUACAGACUAUUGUGCAUGGAUAAAAAUAUCACCAGGACUGAUAAAUGUUAGUCUGUAAACAAAAUCAUGUUUAUGGAAUUCUCACACUGUGGAUUUAUUUCCCAAAACCCCUUAAGAACUAUGGUGAAACAUGUUAUGCGCAAACGUAUUUGCCUUUAAAAUGACACAUUCACAGUUU